AUGCUCUCGCUAGAGCUGCAAGGACUUAGUGGCUCCGAAAUCGCCAAACGGAAUUCCAACAGUCGCCUUGUCUUUCGCAUUCAUCGAGGCAAUGACGGCCACGACCAGCCUUGCUCGUUCUACUGGUCUGCUACCGUAGACGCCUGGGGCUCCGGAGGCUUGGUGCUUCUCCGACACAAUGUCGACAGCCAAUUGGAAGUCCCGUCUGAGCCGUGGCGUGCGCGUGAUUCGACAGAGCCCCGGAUUUCGCGACAUACCCAAGGUCUGUUUGAGCUAAAGCCUGGUGAAAGUACGUGGUUUUUUGCAGGCAUCCCAGAAAGUUGGCUCGAUACUAUGGUGGCGGGCGAGAAGUAUGAGCUGUUAUGGCCUGGUGAGAUUUACUGGUGGCGAUGGGGGAGUGUCGAAAAGAAUGAGAGCAGAUCGCGUGAUGGUCUCCCUCUUGCCGUUCUUUCGGGGACGCCUCGUGUGUCGUUCACUGUGGUUGAGAAGCCACCGGCUCCCGGAUAUGAGACCCCGGAGCCAAAAUGGCCCAGAGCCCCAGCUCCGGGGACACCGAUGCUGAUUGUUACCCUGACUGGCGCCGAAAGCAAAGCAAUGACAGAUGAGCGCUUUCAACUGGUACAGACAGUCACAUAUCAAGGUCUUGUCUCAAAGGACCCGGACGCUGAUUCGGAGCCGGCGACCCAGCCGAUUAUGUUCGAUGCUUUCCAGCUUCUAAUACCCUCUGAACGGAUUUUUCGGUCCCGUGGGAACAGCGAAUGGGAGUACUGCGAGGAUCCAAGCGUCGGAUGUGCCAUGUCCGACUUGAUAUACGAUUUCGAGGCUGCUGUAAAUAUCAGCGAGGAUCGUCGCUGGAUCAGCCUAGCUCCUGGGGAAUCCUGGAGCCAGAACCUGGGGAUUGACGACCAACGGUUGUCCGACCAGGCUCCUGGGGACAAGAUCCGGUACCAGUUGGAGGGAGGAAUUAUUGAGAUGUGGAACUGGGGCAGCAGGGAGGAUCAUGCGCAGACUGAGUUGAUGCUGCCGAGUGGUCGUGAUGCCGGUGAGUGGAUUGAUGGGCCGCCCAUAGUGAUGCCCGCGUCGAAUCCGCUGGAGUUUACGAUCGUUAGUUAG